ACGAAGCAUUCUCCAAAAAGGUUCUGAUAUGGACGCRACGUUUGAACAUGAUCGUGGCUGUUACGCCGAGCCAAAUUUCUCUUUUGAGGACACUUUUUGCCGGGAGAUUACAUCUUGUCUUGAAUACGAACAAGACGCAAAUGCUAAUCUAUGUCAUAAAGUACAAGAAAACAUCCUUAGGAUUAGUGAUGGAAAUGUUAGCCUGCAGAGAAUAGGCGAGGCUCUUACCCAGGCAAGUACCACCAGUACCAAGCAAUGCCGAAUACACGAGUUACAGACCAUGAAACGUGGAAGUAUGCAAGCAACCAAAGAUAACAGCUCGUUUGAUGAUAAAGUGGUACAAAAUCUCACAGAAAUGUUUUCCUAUGAAGAUGGUGAUUGCGAUGAUGUUGGUUCUUGUGAGCAAUCCUCUGAUAGCACGUGGGCUACCGUUGACGAUGUAAACAAUGGCAUCGGCUGUCCACGUGUUCGUAUAGAACCCAUGAAAAGAAUUCGUCGUCUUCGCGCCAACGAUCGAGAAAGAAGGCGUAUGCGAUCUCUAAACCGAGCAUUGGAUAGUCUCAAGAAGUGCAUCCCAGUCCCCCCAAGCAAGCGCCGAGUCACAAAGCUGGAGGUUUUACGAAUCGCGUGUAGUUACAUCAGGUCACUGUCGGACACGCUUCGGGGAGAAUCCACUGGAGUCAGCGGAGCGUUUAGAAAGCGAAAUCGACCAGAAACUGUAGUCAAUGGCUUCUCAGUGGCUCAAAGACUUGAAAUAUUAUCCACUUCCAAGUGACAUUUGAAUGAAAUUUUUUACUCAAAUUGUUUCAUAUUGAAAUGGAGUUAAAAACUGUUUUUUUUUUUCUUGUACAAUAGUGUAACAUAGCGGCAGUUAAGGCGUCUAUAUUAUGUACAUAGUUCUGCUCAAUAAAUUUAUUGAAAUUUGGA